AUAUAAGAAGAUAGACUCCCCGGCACAUCCCUCCGCAGAGAAUUAAGCCAACGGAAAAAAAAAGAAGAGAGCUACUACAGCAAUGGCCGGAGGAGAUGACCUGAAGCUGCUGGGCCUGUGGGCGAGCCCGUACGUGCUGCGGGUGAAGCUCGCGCUCAGCCUCAAGGGCCUGAGCUACGAGAACGUGGAGGAGGAUCUGAGGGACAAGAGCGAGCUCCUGCUCAAGUCCAACCCCGUGCACCAGAAGGUCCCCGUGCUGAUCCACGGCGGCAAGCCCAUCUGCGAGUCGCAGGUCAUCCUGCAGUACAUCGACGAGGCCUUCGCCGGCACCGGCCCGUCCCUCCUCCCCGCCGACCCCUACGAGCGCGCCGUCGCUCGCUUCUGGGCCGCCUACAUCGACGACAAGAUGCUGCCCGCCUGGAACCAGUCGACGAUGGGCAAGACGGAGGAGGAGAGGGCCGAGGGGAAGAAGCAGUCGGUCGUGACGGUGGAGACGCUGGAGGGCGCGCUGAGGGACUGCGGCGGCCAAGGGAAGCCCUUCUUCGGUGGGGACAGCGUCGGGUACGUCGACGUCGUGCUCGGCGGCCUGCUCGGGUGGGUGCGCGCGUCGGAGGAGCUGCACGGCGUCAGGCCCUUCGACCCCGAGCGGACUCCGCUGCUGGCGGCGUGGUCGGAGCGCUUCGGCGCGCUGGAUGCCGUCCAGACGGUGAUGCCCGACGUCGGCAGGCUGCUCGAGUUCGGCAAGGCGUUGAUGGCACGUCUGGCGGCUGCGGCCGCCGCCGGUGCAAGCAAUAACUGAAAAGGGCAUGGUGUAUCCGUCAUGUGUUUCAGGUUUUCGUAUAGUGACAAAAAAAAAGGAAAAAAUAAUGCUAGCUACGCAUCGGAACGCGGCUUUGUGCUUUGCCGUCUCGCCGUUAGUUCAGCUUAUGUGAUGUGAGUGUUGCCGUGCAUGUGUGUGUUACUUCAGAUGUAUCCUGUUCGGUUCAGUGAUUAUAUGGAACAUUUUAUUUUGGUUGGAUA